CACCGUCCUCGCGCCAACGCGUCCGUCCCAAGGUGCAAUCCCUCCCAUCAAUUCUCUCUCCUCCCCUCCCCGCGAUGGCGCCACCGAUUCGCUGCCGCGGUUCUUAUCUUUCCGCCUGUUUCUGAUGCUGGUCGGAGGAAACGGAAGCGAAAAGCUUCUCCUCGCUCUUCGCCUCUGGAGACCUGUUUCCCGCUGGUUCCCCCUCUGCCGUCUCCUUCGAUCUCUUUGAGAUCGACCUGGAGAGCUCGGCGAUCUCAUUUUCGUCGGCUUCAUAUCCCUAGUAGAUGGGAUUGAGCGAUCCAAUCCCUCAAAGCCGUUAGACCCGCCAAAAUUCGUUGCCCUAGCUUCAUCUUUAAAAGGCUCCGAGGCGGUCCCUAGCUUUCUCAUGAUAGCUCCUUGCAGUUCUUGGAUCCCGAUUCCAGUUGAGGUUCGUUUCUGGCGUUUCCUACCAAUCUUUUUCUAUUUAUUUUUAUUGUAAUGAGGAUGAUUGCCGUUCUAAGUGUUGAUUUUUGAAGAAUUUUGAAGUUACAGAUGGUUUUACCACUAUGUUAGUAAAAGAGAACUGACCAUCAACGGGGAGGCAUUAGUUGUUGGUUGGUGAGUACUUAUAUCCCUCUGGUGUGCGGACUUUCUUGGUUCAAAUCUGUUUAUUAAACUGAAUUUAUAUUAACCUUUUCAAGGUUAGCUUCUUUGCUGAUAGAAUGGUUGUUUGAAGAAGUUACUAUGGUGGUUACCGUGUGCAACGGAGGAAAACAAACAUUUAUAUGUUUAACGCUUUUUCUACAAUAUGAUUUACAAUUUUGACUAAUGAAUUUAGACGAAUUUGAGUUGUUUGCUUCGUAUAUGCAUCUCAUUUUUUCCCUUCUUCAUUGGAUUAACCAAGCUUUGCGUAAAUUACAAUUUGUUUAUUUUGUGCUAUUUCUGAAAACCAGAAUGCUUUCAUGUCAUUCUGGUGGCUUGAUGUUUUGGUGGAGGUAUGCCUAAACAAACUUGAUGUCUGUACGAUUUUCUUGAGGUGACAUAGAGACUAGUCUUUAGUGUCAAGGUUCAUAAUCCUGUCUCCUAUUUAAAGAUGCGAAACUCAUGAAGUAAAUUAGUUGUCAUAUGGAAUUUGGCGAGUACAUUUAUGCAUCAUCAUCUCUUGGGUAUUCUGGUAGGUGUUGGUGAACCAUGCAAGUUUGAGAUGUCAGUGAUGCAUACUUACCUUGUUUCAAAAGUGUUUUCCUCAGGGAAGAUAUGAACACUGUGCAUCUAAACAUUUGCUCAGUAAGUGUCCUAACAUGCAAAACGACUAUUCAGACUUGUUCUGUUCCCUUGUUGAUUACUAGACUAUUCAGAGUUGAUUUUUUUCCUGGUUUAUUACUUUCAGCUGCAAGAUUACACCUAACUACCGAUAUGCAGAAGUUAAUUUUUUAGUAUAUCCUGAUAACUCAGACAAUUUCUGUCUGCUUAUACACUUGAUUUAUGCAAGUGGAAUCUGUCAUAGCUGAACAGGCAUCGAAGAGAUGUAUUGGCUGUUUAUGGUUGCAUCAACCGAGUUAUACAACGGGAAUGUUGUUAUCAGAACUUUAGUCAUCAGCAGUAACGACGAACCCUAACAUUAUGUUUUCUUUAAAGGGAAAAUCCUUUCAUAUAUAAGGUUUACUUCAUCCCUGUUUGUACCUAAUACUGUGUUAAUAACCUUGAUGUUUCUACGGCGACAUCUUUUAUUAAAAGGUGCUUCUCUAAACCUACAAUUUUCAUUCUUUUUACAAAACCAAUGUCAGCUCUGGACAGAGAUUUGUGUUCAGUCUAGUACUAUUCUGCUUUUGAUUGCUUUGCUAUCUCUCAAAAUAGAAUUUUCCAUUCUAUUUAAUAUUGUAUUGAUCCUGAUUCUUCUGUGAGAGGAACACAUUGCAACAGUGAAGAGUUACUAAUCAAAAUCAUUAUUUUAAUCUUUAUCACUUUGGCAUGCAUGGCAAUUGAAUCAAGAUACCAAAAUUGGCACAGUUCCAGAAGAAAAAAAAUUGCUGUGCAUUGGCAGGCAAACAAGGAGGUUGCCAUUAUUUGUAAUCAUCAAGUCAGUGUGUCCGAGUCACAUGAAAACCCGUUGUCUAAGAUGGAUGAGAAGAUGAAUGAUUUGAAGAGUUGGGUAGAGCAAAGAAAGGAAAGCUUCUGCUUAAAGACAGGGAAGGGAGGACAAAGAGGAACCUUUCUCCUGAAGUGCUAGAAAGAAAAUUUGCUCCUCGUCGAUGCAAAGAUAGACAAACUGAGUUGAAUAUUAGAAUAGGUUUUGAAGACAGUCGCCCUCGGAGCAUCAAAGAUUUAGUUCCUUGAUCCUAGAGUCACUGGGAUGGUACAAACGUCAUGAAGUUCAUUAAAAAGAAUUUGCCCGGGCGAUGGAUGUCGAUCCCAGCUCCAGACUCUCAAGCAUCAGUCAGUCAAUUAAUCUCGUAAGACGAGAGAAGAAGAUGAAGCCCGGCCUGACAGCCCAAGCGGAGACCAAGUGGCGGACCGCCGCACAGGAGCAGGUCUAUGGCCGCCGUCUCCUCGAGGCCCUCCGCUCCACCGGCGGUGCCCCCGCGGGGCCGCGCGCCGUCAAGGAGGCGGCCGACUCCGCCCUCGCGCUCACCGCCCGGGGACAGUCCCGCUGGAGCCGGGCCAUCCUACUCGGCCGCUGCUGUCCCCGCCGCAAGCUCCUUCUCAAGGCGGGCGGCAGGAUCCGCCGCGGGCGCAGGCAGCCGCGGCCGUCGGCGCCGGUGCCGCAGCAACAGGUGUCGGCCGAGCUGAGGGGGAAGAAAGUGAGGGACCGGCUACGGGUGCUGGGCCGGCUGGUGCCCGGGUGCCGGAAGCUGUCGGCGUCGGGCCUCCCGGAGGAGGCGGGCGACUACGUGGCGGCGCUGGAGAUGCAAGUGAAGACGAUGACGGCGCUAACGGAGGCGCUCUCGGCGGCGUCACUGUCCGCGGGGCCCACUGGCGAGCCCGGUACCUGAAUGGUGGUUCGACGGGCUCCACCUACUCCCUAUGUAUUAGCCAGCCGAUGGAACCAAUAAUUGAUGUAUAUGAUUGAUGGAGUAUGUAUGCAAAGGGAUUUAGUAAUGUUGGUGGCUAUUUUGUGUAUAAUUGUAAUAUCCUGACUCCUGUAUAUGCUGCACACAAGAAUGCUGAUGAUGAGAAUUUGAUGUC